AUGGACAUCGACAAAGAGAAGCCUCCACUUCCCGAAUUCUGGAUCGACGAUAGCGUCUACCCUCACAUCACCGACAAUGUCCUGCGUUGGUCUUCGUGGGAGACACUUUGUGCCUUCCGGUGCGCAUCCGAAUCCCACCUCGCACGCGUCGAUGCACUCAUGGGGGAGCAUGUCGUCCUGGCAUGCGACACGCCGCCGCGAAUGAACGUGACGUCGCCAUAUGGACGUAUCCCCGGAAUGCGCGACAGACACUACAUGGACUGGGCGAAGCCGGGUGGAAAGCGCAACGGGUCGGCUCUGGAGCGCUCGAAGCAGCUGAUGAAGCACACGCGCGUCGUCGACCUCAUCGGUACUGGGGACCUGUCGCUGAUACCCAUCUCGAACUCGCUUACGGGUGUCCGCGUCCUCCGCGUCCGGCCGGACCAGGAUAACGUCCAGGUGUACAAGACACACAUCAUGGCUGCGAAGAUGGUCGUGUUUGGCGAUGUUGGCGCAUCACCUGUUUUGUUUGGCGACUUCCGCACAGUCGUCCCGGCCGGCGUGAAUAAACUUGUCAUCAACAUCCGAUAUCAUCCUGCGCAGGACGGCGAGGUGCGGUUCCCCGUUAUCAUUGAGCUGUUCCCGCCUGAUCUCCCGGAGGUGGUGGUGUAUAUCGUCGAACCACGAUGGAUCAACACGCAUCCACCAUGGGACCGCGAGCGUUUGCAGCGCCAGCGCUGGAAUUCGAUGUCGUCCAGCCUCGCGGGCAUGCUCCUGCGCACGCGCCGGCGCGAUCUGCGCGUCACCAUCGUCGGGUUACGCAGCGUCCACCCUGGCUGGGUGGAACAUCACGUGGAUAGCGUGUCCCAGCUCGAGGGCCGGCUGCUCCACGACGUCGAAACCUCGCUGCGAGAGGAACUCCGCCGCCGUCGCGGUCAUGAUGCUGGCGUGGAGCGAUCUUCGGAAGGAAACGCGCGAGACGACGCGAAAGAUCUUCGCGAGUGGCCGUUCCCUGACGCCUCCACGGCUGUACAGAACAUCGUGUUCAGCACGCGUGAGGCAUACGCUGCAACACUUGACCCGUACGAGCACCUUCUAGAGACGGCCGAGGUGCUCGAGAGCGACAAGCGCGAUCCGCCUCUCAGGGAGAAGUGGCCGAAGAACGAGAUCAUGGGGUUUGUUGGUAAUUGA